GUGUCGGAAAGAUGGGCGGGACUACAUGACGUAGGCGCGAUAGCUUUUCCUGGUUGUUUGCUAACACAAAUGUUUCUUUAGCGCUCUGCCGACAUGUUGUAUUUGAAUGGUAUCUCUUUGAAAUAAGUCUUGAGAAUGAAGCCGCUUCGUCUUUGACUUCCAAGGUCCCGGGCUGGCCUAUGGUGGUGGUGUGGGUCUGUGUCGCCGCCGGCUAGCUAGCAGUGCGGCCUGUCGCUGCUGCGAAGUCAACUUGUUUGCUGUCGUGACCUCGCUCUCAAGUCAUGUUUGUUUUCCCGAAGAUGGCGGACACUGUGAACUAAAUGACUGUCAGAAACAUCGCCUCCAUUUGUAAUAUGGGCAUCAAUGCCUCCGCUUUGGAGAAAGACAUUGGCCCGGAGCAGUUCCCCAUCAAUGAACAUUACUUUGGAUUGGUCAACUUUGGAAACACAUGCUAUUGCAACUCGGUGCUCCAGGCGCUCUACUUUUGCAGGCCCUUCCGUGAGAACGUGCUGGCCUACAAGGCGCAGCAGAAGAAAAAGGAGAACCUUCUCACCUGCUUGGCUGACCUCUUCCACUCCAUCGCCACGCAGAAGAAGAAGGUGGGCGUCAUCCCGCCCAAGAAGUUCAUCUCUCGUCUGCGUAAAGAGAACGAUCUGUUUGAUAACUACAUGCAGCAGGACGCCCACGAGUUCCUCAACUACCUGCUGAACACGGUGGCCGACAUCCUGCAGGAGGAGAAGAAGCAAGAGAAGCAGAACGGGCGCCUGAAGAACAAUGGCGCUGUCGCCACCACCGAAACGGAGGCGGAGCACAAGACGGAGCCCACCUGGGUCCAUGACAUCUUCCAAGGCACGCUCACCAACGAGACUCGCUGCCUCAACUGCGAAACAGUGAGCAGCAAGGAUGAAGAUUUUCUAGAUCUUUCCGUGGACGUGGAGCAGAAUACAUCAAUAACACACUGUCUCAGGGACUUCAGCAACACGGAGACUCUGUGCAGCGAGCACAAGUACUACUGCGAGACCUGCUGCAGCAAGCAGGAGGCUCAGAAACGCAUGCGUGUGAAGAAACUGCCCAUGAUCUUAGCGCUGCACCUGAAGAGGUUCAAGUACAUGGAGCAGCUUCAUCGCUACACCAAGCUGUCCUAUCGAGUGGUCUUCCCUCUGGAGCUCCGCCUCUUCAACACGUCCGGGGAUGCCGUCAACCUGGAUCGCAUGUAUGACCUGGUAGCUGUGGUGGUCCACUGUGGCAGCGGUCCAAACCGGGGUCAUUACAUCACCAUCGUGAAGAGUCACGGCUUCUGGCUGCUGUUUGACGAUGACAUCGUGGAGAAAAUAGAAGCCCACGCCAUCGAGGAGUUCUACGGGCUUACCUCAGACAUCUCCAAGAACUCCGAGUCGGGAUACAUCCUCUUCUACCAGUCCAGGGAGUGAGCGGGACUCGAACGACGGCACAGACUCCGUUCUUCCACUUCUGACAAGUGUGUGCCAACCACUACUUGACUUUACUGUCUGGGCUGCACUUUAUCACACAAACUCUCACUCUGCAUUCUUUUUCUUUCAUUCCUCUCACUUUCUAUGCACACUUUUUAUUUCAUGACUUCUUUCUGGUUUGAAGGGUCUCCAUUUUAGCCACUAGCUAACAGCACAAUCACUGUGAUGGCACCUUCUAACCUUCAGACGUUACACCUUCUGUCGCCUUUUUUCUCUAUUUAUUGAACUUAUUUAUUGCUCUCACUUCUAGCGUUGUCCCCAUUCAUUGCUGCACAUCUUUUCCGCUUUAAGCUUAACAUAUUCUAGCAUUUAAACAUUGAAUCAAUUUGUUAGGUGUCUCUAAGAUCCUCUGAAGUUUGCAGCUACUGUCACUAUUUGCACUUUGAUCUUAUUAUUAUUACCACCCUCUUUCUCAAGAGACCAUUUUGGGGAAGUAUUCUAAGGACAAAAUCACUAUGAAAAGGGCUGUCAAAAUUAAUGAGUUAACUCAUGUGAUUAAUCACGAGAAAAUAUCACACUUGGAUUAACAAUGCAAUUUAUUUUGAGCAUACAAGUUCUUUUAUACGAAGAGUGAUCGGAUCAAUGGAUACGUCAAAAAUGAGAGGAGAAUACGACUGGUGUGUUCACUGGUAAAUCUCACUCAAAUACAGAACUGAAAAAAACGUAAAACUGUUAUUAAGUGUUGUGCAAAUACUUGACAUACAGUACAGGCCAAAAGUUUGGACACACCUUCUCAUUUAAUGUGUUUUCUUUAUUUUCAUGACUAUUUACAUUGUAGAUUGUCACUGAAGGCAUCAAAACUAUGAAUGAACACAUGUGGAGUUAUGUACUUAACAAAAAAAGGUGAAAUAACUGAAAACAUGUUUUAUAUUCUAGUGUCUUCAAAAUAGCCACCCUUUGCUCUGAUUACUUUUUUUGCAAACUCUUGGCAUUCUCUCGAUGAGCUUCAAGAGGUAGUCACCUGAAAUGGUUUUCCAACAGUCUUGAAGGAGUCAGCUCAUCGAAAGAAUGCCAGGAGUGUGCGAAGCAGUAAUCAGAGCAAAGGGUGGCUAUUUUGUAGAAACUACAAUAUAAAACAUGUUUUUCAACUUUUUUGUUAAGUACAUAACUCCACAUGUUUUACAUGCAUUAGUUUUGAUGCCUUCAGUGACAAUCUACAAUGUAAAUAGUCAUGAAAGUAAAGAAAACGCAUUGAAUGAGAAGGUGUGUCCAAACCUGUACUGUACAUCCAAGUAAAAUGUUCCUGGAUUACAUUCUGACUCUGAAAUUGCAUUUGUGUACAAAUAUUGUGGUCUUUUCUGAAACACAUUUUAAUUGUGAAAGUGAGUAAUCACAUUUGAUAAUCAUGGUUAACAAAAAUUCCCAAAUGUGAUUAAUUUGAUUUUAAAAAUGUAUAUCAUGCGACAGCCCUGAAUACACUUAAUUUUGUUCUCUAAUCGCUAUGACAAAUUAAAUUGCAUGAAACAUUUUAUUUUUUUACUAACAUUUUAAGAAUCUGUUUGGCACCACCUGUUGGUUUGCGUGUAUAAUCAUCUCCAAAGACCACCUGUCAUUUCUUACAUUUAUAAAUUAGGGGGGAAAAUACAGUCUAAAUUAAUUUGUACCAAGACAUUCUCUACAGUUGUAGGGCGUUGAAGGUCUGCGGGAAUUUGCAGGUUCAAAGCGUGUCGUUACGUAACAAACGUCACCUUUUUAUUUGGAGAGAACCUAGUACAAAGUAGUGCAAUAAUAUUGAAGUGGAGUUUAAUUCUCAGUUCAGAUGCUUUUUCAUGUUGAAUUUAGUGACACACCUGUUGUACCUUGUCUAUCACUUCUGACCUUUUUAUAUGUCAACUACAUUUGUCUUCCAUCUCUCCAUCUCUAAUGACCUGAACCGUGCUAAAUACUUCUGUUAAUUAAUGGAAUUAGAUCCUUGCGUCAAACUGGAAAUUAGCAUUUCAAAUGUGUCCUAUUUGUGAGUAGUGGGACUCCUGUUUGUGUGUGUGUGGUUUUAACAGAAGUGUCCUACUGUCCUCAAAGACUCGGGGCAAAAGUGCCAAACUGGAGUUGAUGUGGAACCUGUAAUAAAAUGUUUGAAGCUCUUUGUACAUAAAGGUAGAAGGAAACGUCUAUGAAAAUACAAAACAUUUUUUUAAAGAUGUCGAAAAUGGUAUUUUGCGUCUAACUGUUAAUAGCAUAUACUGUCGCCUGGUUGGCAAAGAUGACGGUAGCGGGGGAAUAAAGACCCAGGCAAUGUCUUCCAUUUGCUGUCUAUGCACUCACUCUGACUCACUGUGACUGUGGCAGCAGAGAGCGCCACCUGUUGAAGGAAGUGAUGUAUAAUAAUAAAAUACAUUUUUUAAAGAAA